AUGUACGCUUUGCCUACUGGUACUGAGGGUGACUGCUACCUGUGUGUGCUGCCCGACCCAGGUAUAGAGGCCGCUGCUCUAGGUGCUAGUGCGUUUGCUCUCUUUGGUAUAGAAGCUGCUGCUCUGGGUGCUAGUGAGUCUGCUCUCUUUGAUAUUGCGCUUGCUGAGGCCUUGCACACCUUCACACUUGCCUCAGUUCUUGCACGUUCCUCCACUGUUCUCCCAUGUCCGGCGGUCACGUUUGGCUCACUGAUAGGUCUUCACAUCCCCUCGUUCUCUACCAACUUGGUGAGUACCGCCGUCCUUCAGGAUGCUGGGGUUAAAACCUUUACCCCUGGAGGACAACGUGUGACGAUCUGCACGUGUGCACGGACGGGCCGUCACUUGGCCACGUUCACCCGUUGGCCUGGGUCGAGCCUGUACACACUGACUACUGAGCCUCCUCAGGUUGCUGCGUCUGGUCAAGUGUCUGCGUCAGGUCAGCUGUCAGCCCCUUGUUCGUGUCGCCUCCUUUCGCACCAGACUGUCCUCUGGCACCACCAUCUUGGUCACCCCUCCCUACCACGCCUCCGUGGCAUGCACUCCCGCCUCCUUGUCUCUGGCCUUCCCAGGUCUCUGGCCCCCCUCCCGCACUCGCCUGCCCCGCCCUGCCUUCCUUGCGUCGAGGGGCGGCAGCGCACCGCUCCUCACUCCUCCUCGUUUCCCCCGAUGACUGCUCCCCUGCAGACUCUCCACAUGGACGUGUGGGGCCCAGCCCGCGUCAGUGGACAGGGCCGCGAGCGGUACUUUCUGCUGGUUGUUGACGAUUACUCGCGUUACAUCACGGUCUUCCCCUUGCGCAGCAAGGAGGAGGUCCCUCCGGUUUUGAUCCCUUGGAUCCGCACUGUUUGUCUCCAGCUCCACGAGCGGUUCCGCACGGACUUUCCCGUCUUGCGUCUGCACUCUGACAGAGGUGGCUCCCGUGCCUUUGUCCGCGAUACCACCGUGGACAAGCUCUCCUCUCGCGCUGUUCCCUGCGUCUUCCUUGGCUUUCCCCCUGACGUGCCUGGCUGGCAGUUUUACCACGUCACCUCGCGCCGUGUCUUCGCGUCCCAGGACGUCACCUUUGACGAGUCGGUUCCCUUCUACCAUCUCUUCCCCUACCGCACUGCCCCUCUUCCCCCCCCCGCUGCUCUUCCUCGCUCCAGGUCCCCCUCCGGUAGACCCCCUCCCCCCUCAAGGUUAUGCUCCUUCAGGUGUGUCUCAGAGCCUGAGGGUGCUGAGCCUGAGCGUGCGGAGCCUGGGGGUGCGAGCCUGGGGGUGCAGAGCCUGAGUGUGUGGAGCCUGGGGGUGCUGAGCCUGCGGGUGCGGAGCCUGGGGGUGUUGAGUCUGGAGGUGCUGGGCCUAGGGGUGCUGCGUCUUCACUACGGGAGCCUCUCUCACCAUAGCAGCUGCGUGAGUGGCUUGCUCGACGCUCCCGCCUUCGGAGUGGUGCUGCUGGAGCUGGAGGCGCCGGAACUGGAGGCUCUGGCGCUGGCGCUGUUGGUCCUGGAGGUGUUCGUACUGGAGGUACUGGAGCUGCCGGGGCUGGUGGUGCUGCUAAUCCUGGAGGAGCUGGAGGUCCCGCUGGAGCUGGAGGUACUGGAGGUACUAGAGCUACUAGUCCUGGAGGUCCUGCGGGUGCCUCGCCACCGCAGUCUAGUCGACGUGAGACUCUCUCACCACAGCAGCUACGUGAGUGGCUUGCUCGACGCUCCUGCCUUCGGAGUGGCGCUGCUGGAGCUGGGGGCGCCGGGGCAAGAGGCUCUGGAGCUGGAGCUGCUGGUCCUCGAGAUGGUGGCGCUGACGCUGGAGGCGCUGGAGCUGGAGGCGCUGGAGAUGGAGGCACUGGCACUGGAGGCGCUGGAGCUGGAGGUGCUGGAGCUGGACACACUGGCGCUGGAGACACUGGAGCCAGAGGCACUGGAGCUGGAGGCACUGGAGCUGGAGGUACUGGAGCCGUAG